UCAGCUGCAACUCCCUUCCGAAAACACCUCACCAUCUACCGCUCGAAUCGUUAGGCAUACACACACUCUUCAUCUUGGUAGAGCCAAGAGAAGAUCUUGUUUUGUUUUGUUUUUUUUUCCACCCAGGCUAACCCUAAAUCCGGAGCCGAGCCUUUGCUGGCCAAGUCUCCCAAGGUUCACCUGAUCCACAUCGACACCCCGCGAGAGAACUAGGUCGAGAAAAAAAAAAAUAAACUACACACAAUGGGCGGACAAGCGAACCUCUACUCGUUCCCGACCGUGGACGCCCUGGCCCCGGCCCUCCGCGCCUAUGUCAUCCACUGCCAGGAUGCCGGCAUCGCCCGCCACGGCGUGUUCAAGGUGGCCGUGUCCGGCGGCUCGCUCCCCAAGACGCUGGCCCAGGCGCUCCUGGCGUCGGCCACCUCGGAGGCCGACAAGGUGAGGUGGGACAAGUGGGAGAUCUUCUUCGCCGACGAGCGCGCCGUGCCCCUGGACCACGCCGACUCCAACUACGGGCUCCUGCGGGCGGAGCUGCUCGACAAGCUGCCCGCCGACGGCCCGCGGCCGGCCGUGCACCCGAUCGACCCGUCCCUCCUCGACGACACGCAGGAGCUCGCCGACGGCUACGAGCAGGAGCUCGUCAAGAGCUUCGCCGGCCGCGACUCGGUCCGCCUGCCCAUCUUCGACCUGAUCCUCCUCGGCUGCGGGCCCGACGGCCACACCUGCUCCCUCUUCCCCGGCCACGAGCUGCUGCGCGAGACGGCCGCCUGGGUCGCCCCCAUCGAGGACUCCCCCAAGCCGCCCCCGCGCCGGGUCACCCUCACCCUGCCCGUCGUGACGCACGCCGUCAAGGUUGCCUUCGUGGCCACGGGCGCCGGCAAGAAGGAGGUGAUGAAGGAGAUCUUCGAGCAGGGCAACGGCCUGCCCUGUGCCCUGGUCAACGAAGGGUGUGGCGAGCGGUGCAGCUGGUUCGUGGACAAUGCGGCCGUCGAGGGCGUUACGUACCCUAGGAGGCCGUUCAGCUUGUGAAGGAAGGGAGAGGUGGGAUUGAGUAGGCGGAAGAAGAAGAGAAACAUGAAGCGGUUACCAAGACACAUUAGGGCAGGAAUUUGCCUGAAUUUGCUUAUGUUUUAGGCGCCGGCUAGGUCAACGGCAAAGCAUGGCGGCAUGACUCCGUGCGGGAGGGCACGGAAGGAGGGGGGGGAGGGGGGGAAUACAGGGACGGACGGGUUAGCUCUCGUUAGCAUUUGAUAUCCCAACGAUGCUAUUAUUUUACG